AUGAUACGACGGUCCAAAAGUCAAGAAACAUUAAGCACAUUAAUUGAUGAAUUAGUCGCACGAGAUCAAGAUCGUGAGAAUGAAAAUAAUAAUGAUGACAAUAGACAAGGGUUAACACCCUCUUCAGAUGCGGAAUCGUUAAUUUCUCAAGAAACAUUAGUCCAGUCUCCCAAAUGUCAAAUCUUUGGUCAAGCGUCUCUGGAUUUUCGGUACUAUAGAGAACUUCCCCUUGUGUCGACAUAUUUGCAUACGGGAAUACACUUGUACCCUAGUUGGUCACUGAUAGGCGUUGGCAGCAGAACAGCAGCAGCAGCAACAACAACAACAGCAUCAUCAUCACCACCACCACCACCACCAUCAUCAGUUACUACAAUGCGUCCGCUUCUUUCACGUAACUCGAAAUUGUUCAACAAUUUGUUCUCUAUCAACUCACCAUUCCUCAUUAUUGAAAACUAUAACCAAGAAGGGAAGAGACAGACAUUUUGUCGAGUUGAUUUCAAAAUUCACAGUAAUCAAAUUACAUACUAUAUACUUCAUUUUCCAACAUUGGCCCACCGGGAUGUUUACUUAUUGAAUAAUAAUAGUUAUUCCCCUUCUGUUGAUUUCGAACUUCUGGGAACUCACAUGAGAUGUGUUGGCGGGGUUAGUGGUACAUCUACAGCAUUUGCAUCGCGGAACAGCACAAUUAAAAUAUAUGUUAUGCAAAGCUCUUUAGGAUUACUUACUAAUAACAUGAAACUCCAUGACCCUAAGAAAAAGACUAUUGAUUUGAGUGAGAACAAAUUAGCAGGAUUGAUACAAAAACAAGAUAGGAAAGGAAUAGAUGGAGAGAUGAGAUUAGCAUGGAGCAAGAGACUAAUUAACUCUCCCUUGGCAUGUUCUGUUGAUUUGGGUGAUGUAAAAAUGAAAUUGGAUAAUGAGGACAAACAUGGCAGUUUCAUUAAACGCGGUGUUAUCAAAUCGUGGGACUAUAUAAAUAGUGAUCAAGGAACUGGUAUAGUGAGUGAAGAAAUUAGCAUUAUUGCUUGUAUCCUAAUGGUUUUAAGAGAACAAGAAUCAAGGAAAUAUAAAGGCGAUAAAAAGGAGAUGGUUAGGUGA